AUGAGGUGUAAGAAACACUUACCGGACCUCACCAGCACCAUCGGCGUUUGCGCCUCUUGCCUACGUGAGCGCCUCCUUCCUCUCGUCGCGGCCCAGGCCCAGGCCCAACCACCCCGUUUCCCUGGUUCCGAUGCCGAUCGUCACCGUCACAAAAAGCCCCAACCCAACCCUCCGCCGCUCAAUUUCCCGCGCUCGGUUUCGCCGUACGUUUCUCGCCGGAAAUCCGAUUGUGACCGCCGCCGGGAGAAAUUGUUUUACCACACGCCGCAGGUUGACGCCGCCGCGUGCGGAGGCGGAACGGCGUCGUCGAAGAGGAAGCUUGGAGGAAGAUUCUGGAUCAUCUCGAACCUGUUCCGAGCCAGAUCGAACAAAAUGGAAACCUCGUCUCGCGAAUCGUGCGAGGAACCGACUUCGUCGGUGUCUCCUCCGUCAACGACGUCGUGGUUCUCCACAAUCCUCCCGGCGCGUCGCCACAACCACGGCGCGAAUGAUCGGAGGCGGUGCCGGCAAAUGGAUCGAGGGUUAUCGCCGGCAGUGACGGAGAAUUUUACCGACGAGCUCGACGGACGCGAUCGAUCUGCUUCGGGAUGUUCGUCGGAAUCUUCGCCGGGGAAGCAAAAUCAGACGGCGGCGGAGACGGCGGCUCGGCGAUCGCGGUUAGGUCCCGCCGGAAAAGGCUUAACGAGCAUGGCCUUCUGCUUGAGUCCGUUGGUCCGGGCGAGUCCGAACCGGCAUUGGAGCCAUAAGGGAUUGGCCCAGGAAAUAGGUGUGGGUGGGCCCCACCAUAUAUCCACUGCGGCGUCGUUUUGCCCAAACCGGUCUCGGAAGCUUGCUGAUUUCGGAAGGCUCAGUCACAACCGUUGA